CCUGCUGCGCCGGCGCCGGCGCAGCAGGCGCCGCCGCGCCGAACGCGCGCCCGUGCGCGUCGCCCUACUCGACCAGCGCCUACCCGUUCUGCGACGCGUCGCUCUCCAUCCCGGCCCGCGCGCGCGCGCUCGUCUCGCUGCUCACCCUGGACGAGAAGAUCGCGCAGCUGUCCAACACGGCGGGCGGCGUCCCGCGCCUGGGCAUCCCGCCCUACCAGUGGUGGUCCGAGUCGCUCCACGGCCUCGCCGACAACGGGCCCGGGGUCAACUUCUCCUCGGGCCCCGUCCGCGCCGCCACCGACUUCCCGCAGGUCAUCCUGUCCACCGCCGCCUUCAACCGCUCGCUGUGGCGCGCGGUCGCCGAGGCCGUCGCCACGGAGGCCCUCGGCAUGCACAACGCCGGCCAGGCCGGCCUCACGUAUUGGGCGCCUAACAUCAACAUCUUCCGAGACCCAAGGUGGGGCCGCGGCCAGGAGACGUCCGGGGAGGACCCCGCUGUCGCUGCCGCGUACUCCCUCGAGUAUGUCAAGGGUUUCCAGGGAGAGGAAGGAGAGGAAGGCAGAAUCAGGCUCUCUGCGUGCUGCAAGCACUAUACAGCGUAUGACAUGGAGAAAUGGGAAGGCUUCUCGCGGUACACCUUCAAUGCCAAGGUAAAUGCACAAGAUUUGGAAGACACGUACCAGCCGCCUUUCAAGACCUGCAUCCAGGAGGCUCGUGCUAGCUGCUUGAUGUGUGCAUAUAACCAGGUCAAUGGUGUGCCUAUGUGUGCUCACAAAGAUCUUCUGCAGAAGACCAGGGAUGAAUGGGGCUUCCAGGGGUACAUUACAUCUGAUUGUGAUGCUGUGGCAAUUAUUCAUGAAAACCAGACAUACACUAAAUCAGGCGAAGAUUCAAUAGCAAUUGUUCUUAAGGCAGGAAUGGAUAUCAACUGUGGUUCUUUCCUAGUUCGGCAUACUAAGUCAGCAAUUGAGAAGGGAAAAAUUCAAGAAGAAGAUAUCGACCGUGCCCUUUUUAAUCUAUUCUCGGUUCAGUUGCGUCUUGGAAUAUUUGAUAAGCCCAGCAACAACCAAUGGUUCUCUCAACUAGGGCCCAACAGUGUGUGCACGAAAGAGCAUAGAGAGCUUGCAGCAGAAGCUGUAAGGCAGGGUGCUGUCCUUCUGAAGAAUGACCAUAAUUUUUUGCCUCUGAAGAGAAGCGAAGUUAGACAUGUUGCCAUCAUUGGACCAUCUGCAAAUGACGCGUAUGCGAUGGGCGGAGACUAUACAGGUGUUCCCUGCAAUCCUACGACCUUCCUUAAGGGCAUUCAAGCAUAUGCUACACAAACAAGCUUUGCCCCUGGAUGCAAGGAUGCUUCCUGUAACUCAACAGAUUUGUUUGGCGAAGCUGUUGAAGCAGCUAAAAGAGCCGAUAUUGUUGUCGUAAUUGCUGGCUUGAACCUGACAGAAGAGCGUGAGGACUUCGACAGAGUGAGCCUUCUCCUUCCAGGCAAGCAGAUGGGCCUCAUACAUGCCAUUGCUAGUGUAGCGAAGAAGCCCCUUGUGUUGGUUCUCCUGGGUGGUGGUCCUGUUGAUGUUUCGUUUGCAAAGCAAGAUCCACGAAUCGCAAGCAUUCUUUGGCUCGGAUAUCCUGGCGAGGUUGGUGGACAAGUCCUUCCAGAAAUUCUUUUCGGAGAGUACAACCCAGGAGGAAAGCUGCCUAUAACUUGGUAUCCUGAAUCCUUUACUGCUAUUCCCAUGACUGAUAUGAACAUGAGAGCUGAUCCUUCACGAGGCUACCCUGGGAGAACAUAUCGAUUUUACACUGGAGAUGUAGUGUAUGGCUUUGGAUAUGGUUUAAGUUACUCCAAAUAUUCAUAUAGCAUCUCCUCGGCUCCGAAGAAGAUCACCGUGUCGCGUUCAUCCGAUUUGGGCAUUAUCAGCAGAAAGCCUGCAUACACAAGGAGGGAUGGACUAGGCUCUGUGAAAACUGAAGAUAUCGCUUCAUGUGAAGCUCUGGUUUUCUCUGUUCACGUCGCUGUUUCGAAUCAUGGUAGCAUGGAUGGGAGUCAUGCUGUUCUUCUGUUCGCGAGAUCGAAAUCAAGCGUCCCGGGCUUUCCUAUAAAACAGCUGGUUGGCUUUGAGAGUGUCCACACGGCGGCUGGCAGUGCAUCCAAUGUGGAGAUUACUGUUGACCCCUGCAAGCAAAUGAGCGCAGCCAAUCCUGAAGGCAAAAGGGUACUUCUGUUGGGUGCCCAUGUUCUAACGGUGGGUGAUGAAGAGUUCGAAUUAUCCAUUGAACUCUGACAGGGAUGUGCCAAGUCCUACCAUUUUAUGGAGUUCAAAGUUGGGAAUAAUCUGAUGAAACUUGUAAAGAAACACGUUGUAAAGAUUCAUUAUUGAGCUGGAUGCGUGUACGGUAAACAUGCUGUGACCUGUGAAGAUUCAUCAUUUGAGUUGGGUGCUAGUACAAUUGCAGCC